AUGUCAAAGACCAAAAAUUUUGAUUUAAUUGCGGAAUGUCAAAUUUUUGGUUUAAAUUAUAAAAAUGAAAAGCAUGACGUGGUUGUCCGUAUUUGUUCCCUUUUGAAUAACUUCAUUAAUGACGACGAAACUGAAAACGACGAAGAGGAGGAUGACCUAUCAGAUAUAGAUGAAGACGACGAAACACGAAAGGAAGAAAAAAGACAACUGGAAGACAAAAAAAGAGAACUGGAAGACAAAAAAAGGCAACUGGAAGACGAAAAAGGACAAUUGGAAGUAGAAAGACGAAAAGAUGACGAAAGACGUGAAAAAGAAAAACGAUUGAAAGAAGAAUGA